AUGGUAAAGUGCGACCCUCGCCACGGCAAGUACAUGGCGUGUUGCCUGCUGUACCGCGGGGACGUGGUUCCCAAAGACGUCAACUCUGCCAUCGCCUCCAUCAAGAACAAACGCACUGUGCAGUUUGUGGACUGGUGUCCCACCGGCUUCAAGGUGGGCAUCAACUACCAGCCGCCCACUGUGGUCCCAGGAGGAGACCUGGCCAAGGUCCAGAGAGCCGUCUGCAUGAUGAGCAACACCACCGCCAUCGCUGAGGCCUGGGCUCGACUCGACCACAAGUUUGACCUGAUGUACGCUAAGAGAGCCUUCGUCCACUGGUAUGUGGGGGAGGGCAUGGGGGAGGGGGAGUUCUCUGAGGCCAGGGAGGACAUGGCAGCCCUGGAGAAGGACUAUGAGGAGACCACCUCACACACCCCCCACAAGGAUGAGCACAGAGCAGGCAGACAUGGAGCUGUUGACACCACUACCACCACAGGCCUGGACCCCGCAGAGAACCAACCUGAGCAGGAGGCGAGCGAGACGGCGCUGCUCUCCUCCCAUCAAGACCCGGAGAAGGAUCCCAUCACCGCGGGAGAGCAGGAGCCUACAGCUGCAGAGGGAGGCGAGCAGAAUGGGGUCGUGAAGCUGAAGAUCCCGGAGGAGGACACCCCGGAGCCGGAGCACUUCACUGGGCUGAACAAAGAGGAGCUGCUGCGAGUGGCCGGUACUUCCGGAUGGGUGAGAGCUCGCUGGUCCCUCCUGGUCCUCUUCUGGUUGGCCUGGUUGGGGAUGCUUGCUGGUGCGGUGCUGCUGAUCCUGAAGGCUCCUCCCUGUAAAGAACUGCCGCCUCAAAACUGGUGGAACGAUGGUCCGCUGUUCCACAUCCGCAACAUCCAGGACUUCAGUCCGACUGCCAACAUCAAAGGAGUGGAGCAGCAGCUGGAGUCUCUCUCACAGAUGAAGGUCCAAGGACUGGUUCUGGCUCCGGUUCAUCAGGCUCCUGCUGAUGACCCCAUGACCCUGAGCUUCGAAGAGGUGUCUGCGGAGGUGGGGAGUCUGGACCAGAUGAGAAGUCUGCUGACCACAGCCCACAAGAGAGGUCUCUUUGUGGUCCUGGAUCUCAGUCCCAAUUACGCUGGUUCCUCUGGCUCCUGGUUCAGCAACAGCAGUGUGAGCAGUGUGGCCGAACGCCUCAAGUCUGCUCUGGUCUUCUGGCUCACUCUGGGCGUGGACGGCGUGAAGCUGGACUCUGUGGAUUCGGUCUGGUCCAUGGUCCCAUCUCAGUGGAGCAACAUCAGGGCCAUAGUCCAGAACUGGACCGACUCCAGACCCCACAAGAGGCUCCUACUGGGGUCGUCCUCGCUCUCCUCUCCUGCUGAGGUCAGCUCUCUCCUUGGGGAUUCGGGGGUCGACCUGCUCCUGUCUCCGGUCCUCGGUCCUCGCACGGACGCCACAGAGCGUGCUCAGUCUAUCCUUCUGCUCAGCUCCGCCCACAGCCCCUCCCAACUGCUGUGGAGCCUGCAGCCAGAAGAGAGUGCCAUGGAGCAGGACUGCAACACCAUGGAUCUGAUGCUACUACUGAGCCUGCCAGGGACUGCACUGAUAAACCAGACGCCCCGCCCACAGCCCUCCUGCCCUCUCUUCCUCUCCUCUCUCUCUGCUCUCCGAAGGAAAGAGCGCUCCCUGCUGUUCGGAGACCUCUCGCUGCUCUACAACUCGUCCUCGGUCCUGGUCUUCCUUCGCUCCUGGGACCAGAGCCAGCGCUUCAUGGUCCUCUUCAACUACAGGCCGGACCAGAGCUUCAGCCUGUCACAGUUGGAGGGACCCCCAAGGGCCCGUGGCAGUGUGGUCCUCAGCUCCAACAUCUCAGCCCUGAGUCCAGACACACAACUGGAGCUGAGGGAGGGAAAGCUUGGACCAGAGCUAUCCGUUAUGCUGAGGUUGGAGCAGAGCUGA